GCUCGUCGCGUGGUCUACUCCUCCCUGGGCGGCGCGUUCGCCGGUCUUCUCUUCUUCAGGAGUCCUGUAACAAGAUGGGCGUCGAUUGCUUUCGGUGCUGGAAUCGGUAUUGGAUCUGCAUACGCUGAUUGUUCUCGUCUCUUCGGUUCUUCAUCGUCAGCCACUUUGUUACCUCCACCCAAGUCUUCUUCUUCUUCUUCUUCUGGCUGCAGAAGAGUAAGAGAAGCGUGGGGGAUAAACCCAAACAUUGAUGAUGGGUUUCUAAUACAAGAGUUGUUAUAAUUUUGUAUGAAACUGGCUGUUGAUCUUGCAUGUCAUGGCUUCUGAGAUAAUAUGCACAUUGUUAUACCUUUGCUUUUCAGUGGUUUUGUACACACUGACUAAUGUUUAUUCACACCCAUUCCGACUC